AUGAGCUAUGGAGAAAUUGGAAACGAAAUAUACAUAAAAGUCUUCCAAGAAUAUUUUAACAAAUAUCCAGACCCACCAUCAGACGAACAUAAAAUAAAACUACAAGAAAAACUUAAAGAAUUUGAUCAAAAAAUCAAAAAAUAUUUAAACAGAAACUUAAUACAAGAAGAACGAGUCUGUAAUCAUAAGAAAAAAGAGUAUAAAAAACAAGUCUUCGAUCAUAUUAAAAAAGAAGAAAACAAAGAAAACUUGACUGAUGAAGAAAUAACAACAUAUUUAGUAUACUCAUUAGUAGUAGCAGAUAGACUAAAAGUCAAAACAAAAUUUGAACCACCAAAAAACUUAGAAAGGCUAACAUCUCUAAUAUCAGAAUAUGAUGGAUCAAUUGAAAAAUAUAGAGACUGGAGAAAUCAAUUGGAAAAUGCGUUCAAAGCAUUAAGACUAGGAGACUUAAUUAUAUUUGAAAGAUACUCUGGAACACCCAAAAAAAGAUAUACAUUAAGAGAAAGAAACUAUGAUUCAACAAGAGCAGAUGCACACGAAUGCAGAUGGAGUACAGAAAUAAUGCAAACAGUAUUUGCAAUAAUUAGAACAAAACUAAGAAAGAAUGCAUUAGAGGUAUUCGAUACAGAAAUAGCAACUAUAAAUUGUUACUUUAGAUCCAACUUAGACAAUGCAAAUGAUUUAAAAGAUGCAGAAAAUUAUCUGAUAAAAGCAAUAAAUUACUUACAAGCAGCAGGAGCUGGUAUGCUUCAGCAACAGCAGAAGAAACAAGGAUAA